AUAUUUGCGGACGCGGGUGAGACGGGGUAUUGAUGUGUGGCAUAUUUUCGUGCCAUGGUGCAUGGAGAGGUGAAGUGCACGCUAGUGAUGAGCCGGGCGAAAGUUGCUCCCUUGAAACAAGUGUCAAUUCCGCGCCUGGAGCUUCUGGCGGCGGUACUGAGUGCACGGAUGUCACAUACGGUGCGCGAAAACCACAGCAUAUCCAUUAGCAAAGUGGUAUUUUGGAUAGAUGCAGAGGUGGUACUAUCGUGGAUUAGAUCCGACCAGCGCCGCUAUAAACAGUUCGUUGGUUUCCGCAUCGGAGAGAUCCUGAGCUUGACAAGACUAGCAGACUGGCGGUGGGUUCCGACAAGGCUGAACGUUGCAGACCUGCUGACGAAGUGGGGAAAGGAUCCAGAUCUACAUCCGAGUGGUCCGUGGGUACGAGGCCCACAGUUUCUGUACGACCGGGAGGAAAAUUGGCCGAGGAAGAGUUUGCCGCCGGCUAAUACGACUGAGGAACUUCGGGUUCAUCUGUUGCUACACGACGUAAAGAUACCAGCGGUUCUUGUAGACGCGAACCGCUUCUCGAAGUGGACGAUCCUGGUCCGAACGAUAGCGUGCGUGUUUCGAUUUGUGACGAACUGUAGACGGAAAAAAGGGAAACUGCCGAUAGAAACGUUGCGAGCAACGAAAGAUCAGCUGAAGUCGCAUAUAUCAAAUGCGGGUGCGUCGGUUCGACUACCACUACAGCAGAAGGAGUACGAGCAAGCAGAGCGAUGCUUGCUGAAGGUAGCGCAGUCGGAGAGUUUUAUCGAUGAGCUGAAGGUGCUGUCGAGGAACAAAGAUCGUCCGGCGAGCCAGUGGAUGGCACUUGAGAAGUCUAGUCCGCUAUACAAGCUGACCCCGCUGGUAGAUGAGUAUGGCUUGAUCAGAAUGGAGGGCCGCGUGGAGCGGGCAGAGUUUCUACCGUUCGACUUGCGGUUCCCAGUUAUUCUUCCGAACGACCACAGAAUUACGAAGCUGAUAGUCCAACAUUACCAUGAGAGGAGUGGCCAUGGAUACCGCCAGGCGGUUAAAAACGAGUUGCGGCAGCUGUACUACAUUCCGCAUGUAGAUGCAGUGGUGAGAAAAGUGUCGGCGGCCUGCGUCUGGUGUAAAGUACAUCGCUGUCGUCCCCAUGCUCCACGGAUGGCUCCACUACCAGUGCAGCGCAUUACGCCGAAUCUUCGGCCAUUUAGCUACGUGGGUGUCGAUUAUCUGGGGCCGUUUGACGUGACUGUAGGGCGUCGAACAGAGAAACGUUGGAUAGCGCUGUUCACAUGCAUGGUGAUACGAGCGGUACAUUUGGAGGUAGCCCACGGAUUGACAACACAGUCCUGUUUGAUGGCGAUACACCGGUUUAUCGGUCGCCGGGGCUGGCCGAUUGAAUUCUUCUCCGACAACGGGACGAAUCUGCGAGGAGCAAGCAAGGAAGUAGUAGAGGUUGUACAGGGCAUCAGAGAUGACUGUGCAGACCAGCUGACGAAUGCAAGGACGAGGUGGACGUUCAAUCCUCCCGCUGCGCCUCAUAUGGGGGGCGUCUGGGAGCGGUUGGUGCGUUCCGUGAAGGAGGCGUUAACAGCGUUGAACGAUGGAAGGCGACUGACGGACGAGAUUUUGCAGACGGUAAUCGUUGAGGCUGAGGACAUCGUCAAUUCUCGUCCCCUCACCUACGUGUCGCAACAGAACAACGAGGCAGAAGCACUAACCCCAAACCACUUCUUGAGGGGUGGGUCACCGAAUCAGCCAAGCGGUACACCGCCGCCACCCAAUCCGGCAGUGGCUCUCCGGGACGCCUUCCAGCGGUCCCAGCAAAUAGCCAGCGUGAUGUGGGAUAGAUGGAUCAAGGAGUACGUGCCUUUGCUGAACCGGAGGUCCAAGUGGUUCGGCGAAUCAAGACCGUUGCAAGCAGGAGAUUUGGUGUAUAUCGUAGAUGGUACCAACCGUAAGUGUUGGGUUCGUGGAGUGGUAGAAGAACCCAUAGUGUCCGGAGACGGAAGGGUCCGUCAAGCGUGGGUGCUUACUAGCACCGGAAGGUAUAAGCGAGCGUCAGCGAGGCUGGCCGUGAUAGAAGUUGAGGAAGGUAACCCUGAGCCGGAAGUGGCCUCCGGGGCAGAGUUACAGGCCGGGGAAUGUUCUGGCAACCCUGCCCAGACGCAGCCGCAUCACAACCAAUAUUUGGCCGAUUAGGCAAAUGUCAGUUCCCAGCGGAUAUGAUGGUGAGAGUGAGUGAUAAAAUUAAAGCGAGGGAUAAACAUAUACAGAAAGGGGAAAAAGGGAAAAUAUAAACAAAUGGCCGAAGUUGAGUAAACAGAAUUAGUAGCGAAUCGAAGAAAAUUGUAUUGCAAGAAGAGAGUUGAACGGUGAAUAAAUCUAGAUUGUAUUUGAGGUAGAGUGAAUUACGUGGAGUUUGGUCAGCAGAUAACAAUUAAGUACACUCUGACGCAGGACAGUACAGUGGUGCUCAAACUAUCGAAGACAGCCCACGGACUUUUAGACGACAAUUAGACGAACGACACAGAAAGCGAGUAGAACAGGCAGACAAGUCUACGUGGACGAUUGAGACGGAAGUUAAAGGAGAAGAACAAACUAAAAUUGUGAGUAGAAAUGUUACAAAAAAGAUUAUAUUUGUAAACAAAUGUAAAACAACCCACAAACUUAAAUUUUAAUUAAACUUCCACAGUUUGAUCAUCCUUUCAAAGGUUGAUUCUCAAAAACGGUUUCGUUUAAAAUCCGACCGUCCGAACAGCC